GUGCUCGGGACUAGACCCUGGCCAGCCACACCAGCUGGAGACUCCGCACUUUUCUUUGUCCUCUGCAGCCGGCUGCUCACGGUCUCCUUCCUGCCGAAUCAGAGACCCCCAGAGAGGCGAGGACAGAGGACGUGGACGGGAACCUUCCUCUAGCUCCAGGCCUGAGGCUGCAGUUAGAACAGAAAGUCACUGGACUCCUGAGGACACCCCUGACUCCCCCAGAGACAAGAUGAGCAAGGAUUCAGGGGACAAGGAUUACAUUCUUCUGGGUAAAGAUGUGGAGCAAGAAGGUAGAGGUCUGUCUGAUGAAGAAAGAGAAUUUUUGAAAGAGUUUCCCAUCUUUAAAGCAGAACUAGAAGCGGCCAUCACUAAAUUCCAUGCUCUUGCAGAUGACAUGGAUAAAGCCCACAAAACAUUCACGAAGGUCAGCAUGGUGUCCAACAGUGUCUCUGUCGUCUCCAACAUAAUGGGCAUCCUGGGUUUAGUCCUCGCUCCAGCAACAGCUGGAGGGAGCCUGAUGCUUUCUGCUGCUGCUACGGGCAUUGGGACGGCAGCUGGGGCCACCGGCACCAUCACCGACAUUUUGGAAUACCUGCACAAAAAAAACAUCCAAGCUCAGGCCGACAUCCAAGUGCCUGACACUGAGCAACACUUGGCCAAAAAUGUUGCAAAAUGUGCCAUUAAUCUUGGGAUAAACAUCAGGAACAUCGAGAAGAAUGUCAAUGCCUAUCAGAUAGCCAAGAACUACCCACGCCUGGCCGCAGCUGCCGAGCGUCUCUUGACCACUGGCCGAGUCUCGUCCAGAACGAAAAAGCAGGUGCAGAUGGCCUUUGAAGGUACAGCGAUGGUGAUGAGCCACACUACUCGCUUGCAGAAAAGUGGGAUGGCCUUCCUCUCCCUUGGCAUGGACUUGCAAGCCCUCAUGAGGAAUGUGACGGACCUGAAGGAGGGAACAACUACAGAGUUGGCAGAAGACCUGAGGGCCAAGGCCCAGGAGAUGGAGAGACAGCUGACAGAACUCACCAAGCUCUAUGAGCACCUCAAGCAGAAGGAAAAAUGGCGAUGGUAUUGGGAAGGAGUACUCCCGGUGAUAGAUUGGUUCUGGGACCUCCUCCACCCCCGUGGCCCCCAAGACCCAAGAUCUGGGCACUCCUUCGGACGUCGGAUCUUAGAAAUAGGUGGUUUUUUGGUUUUUGCCUUGCUUUUGUUUAAAGGUUUUAAUUAUUUUUUAUAUAAUGUGUUUUAUUUCCUUUGUUUUGCUUUGUUUUGUGUUGCUGUUUAUGUUUUAGCUGCUUCCUUGUCAUAAUGCAUUGAUAUGAAAUACAAUUUUUUGAAAUUCUGGAAAGGAAAUAAAAGGGUGGAAAUCACCCACCUUCUAAGGGGGACAGCGGUUUGUCUUUGGCAUCGGAUUUCCUUCCUGUGCUUCCCGGGGGUGGGUGGGUGUGAACACACUGACGGGCGCUACGGGGCUGUGAUUGGCUGCCCCUGGGCGCCCCCCGUGGGUCCGCAGCCCCUGGGUUCCCCCACACUCUCCCGCUCUCCUUUGUCUGCAGACCCGCUACUUCCCCGCACACUGUGUUCACGCGCAACACCCGCUACACUCACUGUGUCUCAGGCUGUAAAAUAUUCUCCUGACUGUACACAUAGUCUUUGCAUUAGGCCUCCAUUCGUCACCGCAAUAUCAAAAUCAAGUCAACUGGCCUAUAUAGAAAGAGCAAUUUAUUGCCUCCUGUGACUAAGAACCUAAGGGGUACAUCCGUGCUUCAGCUGUGUCUGGAACCAGAGGGUAAAAAUGACGUCACCAGGCCGUGUCUCUCCGUUUCCCAGACAACAUCCCCGCAGGUGCAAGCUGAUGGCCCCAGCACUCCCAGGUGUGCCCUCCCAUCUGGAAAGGGGUGGGGCAAAACCCCAGACCCAGUCUGAUUGGUUAGGGCUGGGUCACGUGCCUUCGUGUGCCCUGGUUGCUGGGAUCCCUGCGGUCUGUGGACUGAUCGAGAAGCUGGAAGAUGAACUGGGACGAACGCUGCACUGCACAUCCCUUCCUCUGCAGGUACUCUUCGGUCGUUGAAAAUUUCUCAUCGUCCAUGGGAGUAAGAUGAGUAUCUGUGCACCAAAAACGUGUUGCAUUUUUCCCAGAAUGCUUCCCUAAAAACAGAGUCCCUGAACUGGGAUACCUAAAAUAAAAAAAAUGACCUCAUGAAGGAAAAGGAGGGCUCUCCCCGAUCCUACCACAUUCAUUUGUUACACGCAUUAUAGGGAAUUUGGGAAAGACUUUAAAAGCGCAGGAAAGACCCCACUCUCAACGUCACGGGGCACAGCCAGGGUCUUCCGGCCCAGAGGUUGCGGAGGCCAGUGAUCCCACGCGCAGGCCGUGAUGUUUUCCGCUUCUGUCGCUCUCACGUCUUUGCUGGAAUUGGUCACGAAUGCCACUCACUGUAAGGAAAGAGCUCCCUGCACUUUUCACAGCGUUCUCUCCGUGUCUGCGAGUGCUCGGAGUCCCGGAUAAACGUCACCAAUAAAAGUACACAGCACGAACCAGAGA